GCGGGUCACACGUCUGCUCAGAGCAUUAGUGUUUUCAGAUACAGCUCAGUGCAUGUGUUCUGUGAAGCAUGGAGUACGCAAAAACCUUGCUUCCCACAUCUCUGAUGAGGUCUGUGUCGUCUGUGCAGACGUCUCUUAUCCAGCGAAUGCUGUCCUCUCCUCAGCCCCGUCCGUACAAGGUCUGCACACAGAACCGCCGCAGGAGGAAAGGCUUCACCUCCACCUGUCUAGCAGACCUCAUGGAGCAGGUGGCCAGUUCUUUCUUGAUAACGUGUCAGUUCCUCACACUUGUGCUGGAGGAUGAUGGGACGGUGGUGGACUCUGAGGCUUUUUUUCAGUCUCUGCCUACAAAUACAGCAUUCAUGGUCCUGGAGAAAGGGGAAGCAUGGACCCCCAAUACACUGGUUCUGCCAAGUUUCAGAAAGUCAAGAAGAAGUGGAAUUGCUAAAUUGAGCUUUGACCUGUACAAACUGAACCCAAAGGAUUUACUGGGAUGCCUCACCGUUAAAGCCACACUCUGUGAAAUAUACACUCUCUCAUAUGACAUCACGUGCGGCAGAGCCAAGUACUUUCUGAAGUUUUUAUUGUGGUGUUUGGUGUACAUGGCCAAACUGGCGGGUCAGGUUCUCCUGUGUGGAUCCACAUACGUGCUGUGGUAUAUUGGAGACGAGGAAACCUCUGACUAAACGUCAUCAGCUGCUGACAGAUCGAAAUAGAGCGAAGAAAUCAAUACUGCACUCACGUUUAGUUUUUGCUUAGACAAAUAUCAAUAUAUAUUUGUCCUUGGUAUGUUAUGUUUUAUGUGGCAUAACUGCUUAGUUCUAAAAUGUACUGUGUAAAAAAAAAAAAAAAGUCAUCUUUUAUCAGACUUGUGCUAAAAUGAUCUGCAGUUGAACUUGUUGUGUGACUGAAUUUUUGAAAGACUUUAUCUGAUUUACUUAUCCAUCAGAAUGAAACUGGUACAAAAUUACGCAAGCACAUUUCCGCUUUGGAAUAAUAAUAAUAAUAAAAAACUAAAUUGUGACUCAUUUUCUCGCAACUGAGUUUCUAUCUCACAGUUAUGACUUUGUGAUAUAAAAAGGAUAAAAAAUUGCUUAUAAAAAGUGUUUCCCUCAUAAUUCUGAGUUUAUAUCUAGCAAUUCUGUUUUUGUUUGUUUUCCCCUCUAGUGCAAUAAAAAUACAUGUAAAUGCUA